AUUUCACUAUCCAGACGCCUGUGCGGAAAACGUGCUGAAGAGAUCGACAUUCGACAGAGAGGGAAGAAGUUCGAGCUGUAUUGGCGUCUGCGUGACGUACGGACGAACUGGGAGUUUCAAGUUUGUAGUGAAGCUGGUUAAGUUAGAAAAUGCAGUACACGUACGCGAAUUAGUUACCAGGAGUGUGCAGUACUAUUCGACUCACCAGAUCAAAGAAUCUGAGUUGUUGCCCGUUAUCAGGCCAUUGUCACAGGAGCAAGAAAUUAAAAAAAAAAGUAAUUUAUGUGUAUAGGACGUCGUACAACAGAUCCGUCAGGAAGGACAAUGAGCAGCUCGGAGGAGGUUUCUUGGAUAUCAUGGUUUUGCGGGCUUAGAGGAAAUGAGUUCUUCUGUGAGGUUGAUGAAGACUACAUUCAGGAUAAGUUCAAUCUUACCGGAUUGAAUGAACAAGUUCCACACUAUCGUCAGGCACUUGACAUGAUUUUGGAUCUUGAACCUGAUGAUGAACUGGAGGACAAUCCAAACCAAUCUGAUCUUAUUGAGCAAGCAGCUGAAAUGUUGUACGGUCUCAUCCAUGCUAGAUACAUUCUUACAAAUCGAGGAAUAGGUCAAAUGAUAGAAAAAUACCAAUCUGGUGACUUUGGCCAUUGCCCAAGAGUUUAUUGUGAAAGCCAGCCAAUGUUGCCAAUAGGUUUAUCAGACAUCCCAGGUGAAUCCAUGGUGAAGACAUAUUGUCCAAAGUGUAUGGAUGUUUAUACACCAAAAUCUUCACGACACCACCAUACUGAUGGGGCAUAUUUUGGUACAGGUUUUCCACAGAUGUUGUUUAUGGUGCAUCCAGAAUACCGUCCAAAGCGACCAGCUAACCAGUUUGUACCUCGGCUAUAUGGAUUCAAAAUACACCCACUUGCAUACCAGAUACAACAGCAGGUAGCAACAACUUUCAAAGCACCUCCACGCCCUGUAACAUAUAACAAUGGAAAGCGCUAGACUGUAGUGCAGUAUAUCUUGUCUCUUCUGUGGAUCUGUUUACUUGAGUUCUAAAUUGUUCCUCUAUUAGUUUAAAUAUCUCUGUAAUACUUUGUCUCUCUGUUAUCUGUUGUAUUAAGAAACUGGAAAAAAAAUUGUAAAGCUGUGUGUUAUUACCCCCUUCCAUGUGGAGUUUAAUGUAUCAGACUAAUUAAAAAUAGGCAGUCUUCUUGCAUUUCCCGGGUUCCUAUACCAGGAUACAGAGGAUAGGGGGGAAAAAAGGGAAACUUUUUUCAUUGCUACUUGUUCAGAUUUGUACUCAUUCUUGUUACAUUUAGCGGCACUUCUCUUUCUAAACAUUGAUGAUGAUUACAGCAAAAUAGAACAAUAAGGAUGGAAGAAAUUUUUCCUGUGUCUUGCAGUUUGUAAAACUGUUGUAUUUAGGUUUAAAACCAGACUUAAUCCAUAUCUGUGCACAAUAUGAAAUAUUGUACUGUAAGGGAAAAAAGUGUAAGGAUACUCCACAAUGUAUCCCAGAUGUUACAGUAGUUAUUUCUUUGUGUAAUGGCUCCAUUCAUAACAUCCAAAUGUUUAUUAUAGUGAGAUAGUUGUCAUUUUCAUAGUGGUCAGUGAUCUCAUGUUAGACAGUACAAAUAAAUGGUGUAGAACAACUGAGAAUUCAUGGAGAAAGGUGUUUAAAUGCAAACUUGUUCAUAAACUGUGUGUUUUGUGUUGCACUUGUCCUUUUAUUUAGAUAUAAAAGUUGUUCUUUUAUUGAUAAAAAAUUUAUAUUAUCUGCUUGUGUUUGAAAUAUUAAGUGUUAUCUUGCAUGAAUGUUAAUGUGAUAAAAGAGAAAAACAAAUAAUUGUUUUAAUAAAUUUUUUUUACAAUUAA